AUGGCUAGUGAGUUAGAGUUGAAGAUCGUAACGUUAGGUUAUGACCAGAAGGUGUAUAAUGUCACCCAUGAAGCCAUGAUAACUAGGCUUGGAUGUCCACAAGUUUCCUUUAGGGUCAAGUAUCGUGACUUUGUACACAAUUUAGUCUGUUUGCCGAUGGUAGGUCUUGACCUUAUCUUGGGGUUGGACUGGUUGUCCAAGAACCACGUUCUGCUCGACUGUUCCGUGAAAUCAGUGUACUUCAUGUCGGAAGACACGGAAGGGCCGGUUGUGGUAAAUAGCUACUACUUGAAUUCCAUGAUAGUGAAUUGUUCGGGGGCUGAAUGUCAAGGUAUUCUAUUGUUAACCGCGGGUGUGUCGGGUGAUGAUCAAAACUUAGAACAGAUUCUGGUUGUAUAUGACUUUCCUGAAGUGCUUCCUGAUGACAUUGAGGAAUUUCUGCCACAUUGA